GCAUGGUUAGAGAAUUAAAAAGGAAGGGAAAACGAUCGCGGGAGUUUAUAAAUCUAGAUAAAUGUACACUGAGUACACUCCCUAGUGACACCCUAAGUGUGAAUGAAGAAUACGAUGUCCUUUAUCGGUUGCUUGAGUUACUGCCGGAGAACUAUGCAAGCAAGAUUGCUGCAGAGCAGCGAGUUCCAGAAGAGUUGAUCAUUCUAAUCAUCUUAAAAGCAAGAUCUAUUAUUGCAAGUGAACCAAUCUUUAUAGAAAUGGAGUCUCCAAUUUAUAUUUGUGGUGAUCUUCACGGGCAAUACUAUGACCUAAUAAACAUUUUAAAUCGCUGUCCACCGUUAGGCGGUAAGGUGUUUGGUAGAAAAUCCACUGAUGCAGGAGAUUGCUCUAAUAAAAAAACAUUUAAUUUCUUGUUUCUCGGGGACUACGUCGAUAGGGGACCACGCUCGAUUGAGGUAAUGAUUACACUGCUUGUUCUCAAGAUCAUAUCACCAUCUAGCAUUACAAUGCUUCGAGGAAAUCAUGAGGAUGAGCAAAUUAUGCUUUUAUAUGGGUUCUUUGAUGAAUGCAAGCGCCGCUAUAGUAUUCAGCUUUUUAAAAUAUUUACAGACCUCUUUAGAGUUUUACCUGUAGCUGCAUUAGUUAAUGGAACAGUUUUUUGCAUGCACGGAGGACUCUCCUGCGAAUUGUUGCAUUUGAGGGAGAUUCCAGAUUUGCGUCCGUGUAAUGUUCCACAUUCUGGUAUCAUUUGUGACCUCCUUUGGGCAGAUCCCGAGUCAGAUUUACCGGAGGGCGUUGAUUGGGCACCUAGCACUCGCCGGAUUUCAUCUGUUUUUUCAGAGCGUGUUCUUGAAAAAUUUUUAAAGACCAAUGAAAUUGAUCUAGUUUGUCGUGCUCAUCAAGUGGUAGAGGAGGGCUUUCAAUUUUUUCCAAAUAACCAUAAACGUCAUCUUUUAACAAUAUUCUCCGCAACUAAUUAUUGCAAUGAGUUUGGGAAUCGUGGUGGCAUUUUGUGCAUAGAUGAAGAAGGUGUUUGCAGUAUUAUGACAUUCGAGCCUCCAAAUUUUGUUCAGCAGAGAGAUAUAAUGCUUAUUCGCGAUCCUUUGCCAAACCCAUUUGGAUCGGAGUAG